AUGUCUUCCUCACGACAUCACAUUCCCUUCCCCAGGAACUUCCUCUCCCUCAACACACCUCUCAAGAAACCCGCACCAAGCACGAUGGACGCCGUCGUCGCGUCUCCCGAGUCCGAGGUUCCGAACACCUUCCUCUCCAACCGAGCACACCACGUUCCACGCCAAGCCUCCGUCUCCAGCGUCAGCAGUGUCGAGACCGUCGACGGCGCGGCACCCGUCUCCCCCACCAGCAGCGAGUCUGCUCCGAGUCCUGAGUUCAAGCCAGCGCUCCCGGCUUUCCAGCCCUUGGCGCUCAACACCAAGUAUGCGGCUCCGCCUGCCACCGCCAAGGACAUGAGCGGGGAUAAGGGCGGCCCUUUCCUUUCGAACAGGGCCUAA